AUGCCCCUUCCGGCAGAUGAACCUGCUAGGCGCAAGCGACCGGGUAGAAAGUAUACCUCCCGAGCCUGUGAGACAUGUCGACAGCGACGAGCUAAGUGUGAUGGCAUUCGACCAUCUUGCUCGCGCUGUCUUGAGCGUGGUGUUCAGUGCGAGUACUCCACAGCAGAGGACGGGCGGCAGCCAGCGCCCAAGUCUUAUGUAGUCAUGCUGCGGAAUCGAAUUGAACUCUUAGAGCGUGUACUGCAAACACACGGCAUUGAUCCCGAUGCUGCCAUCCAACUAAUGACGGAGAAUACCGAGCCUAGCACCGAGUGGGCUCCGGCUUGCUCGAAUGUUGAUGACUUAUGUACUACGUUUGACGGUGCACUGACGCUUGAUGAGUCAAUGAAUUUCGAUCAAGAUGGCGAAGUGCGGUAUUUUGGACCGACAAAUCCGCCCAAUGGAGAGCCAUACCAGUCCGACGGCCCUCGUACGCAGACUGGUGAAACACCGCUGAAUGGGAGUACGGACUCGUUAGAAGAAAGCUUGAUCCCAGACAGACUCCGAUCUCAUUUGAUUGACCUGUAUUUUGAGUGGGAACAGCCGUGGUUUCAAAUGGUAAACGAGCAACUGUUUCGAGAUUCCAUGAGAAAUGGUGGGCGCUACUUUAGCCCACUUCUUCUAAAUUGCAUCCUCGCUGUAGGAUCACGAUACUGCGACCGUAUAGAAGUGAGAUCAGACCCCAACGAUUCCAACACGGGCGGCAAGAUAUUUCUUGAGAAAGCAGAAAAAUUGAUCCAAAAUGAUCUCAGAUGGCCCAAGAUUACAACAAUCCAGUCACUGGCAAUUAUGGGCAUGGCCUAUAUCGCAAUGGGGUCUGAUGCUGCUGGGUGGCUUCAUCAAGGUAUGGCCAAUCGCUUGGCCCUAGAUAUGGGUUUCAACAUGGAUCCUUCGGUCCUUUCCGGAGCAGUUGCUCUUCCACCCAUCGAGAUUGAGUUGAGAAGGCAGAUCUAUUGGGCUCUGUAUUGCCACGACAAACUGUCAGCAAGUUACACAGGCAGGGUGUGCACGUUACUGGACUCCCAGGGUGUCGUCAACAAACCAUUCCCUUUGUGUGCCUUGGAUGCAUAUUUGCCCUCAGCAAAUGGCAAUGGACAAUUAAGGGCUGCUUCUCAAAGAGACGUGGUACAGCUGCAUAGGGCAAUGAUUGACCUAUGUCGUAUAUUCGAGAGAGUUCUUCUUUCAUUAUGGUCCCCAAAGCCACUCCUCCAACCCAACCAACGUUCUGCAUUCUUUGACUCCUGUGUGCUUGAACUCAAGACCUGGUACUACGAUCUCUCCCCGGAGCUCAAAGUUGACCGCCCAUCUGGUCCCUCCCGAUUUCCUCACACCUACACCCUAUGCAUGGUAUACCAUACUGUGUGCAUUUUACUUUGCGUGCCAUUUCUGAGCAACUCUGCCACUCAAGAUGUUGGCAAUCAUGCAGACUCACAUACACAACAGAGCAGCAACCGCAGAGCAUCGGAGACUGCCUGUAAACAGAAAGUCAUGACAAUAUGCAGCAGCUCCGCCCGAGGAAUGUGCAUUGUGGCCCAGAAAUAUAGACAGACAUUUGGCAGCUUUAAGCUGAGCCCUAUCACAGCCACACAUUGCAUGCUAUCAGCGGCAUCGAUAAUCAUUGAAAAAUGGUGCGGUGAUCCCACUGUGAAACCUGGCAUAGAUAACCAGGCCUUGCGAGGCCAAUCGCCACAGGCAGCUGUGGGACUCUGCCUCCAGGUUCUGCGGGAACUCUCAACCUCCUGGAAUAUCGCAAAACGUAUUGGACGGAAUCUGGAGAAAUUAUAUUGCCAACGACUGAACUGUGAUAUUGAUCAUAUGCCACCCGCCCCUCCAUUGGAAUAUAAUUGUCCAUGCAAAACUCCGUACGAACCGGCAGAUACGAAUCUCUAUCAAGGGUCCAUGGCUCCAACUGAGCCAUUCCAAAGUCUGCUCGACCCGAAAGACCUGCAAGUUGAAAAUGCCUUGCUGGCCCCACCACUUCCAAAUAUCAAUUGGGUUGAUAUCCCUACUUCGAGCAAUAACCAGCAACACGAUAACAACAGCAUGGUUGAACUUGGAACCCCUAACCCCGAUGAUGUGUUUAUCAACAACCUCGGCUUUGCAUUCUCGGCCAAUUGUCUACCCACCGACUAUAAUAUGUUUGAUACAUUGAAUCAAAUGUAUUUAGAAGAUACAUGGUGA